UUGCAGCAAUUUUUUGGGAACCCGAAGAAGACUUCGGAAUCUCCAAGCCCAACGCCAGAUUCUCCAAGCCCGGCGCCUGCAUCAACAUCAAAGGCGAAACCGAAAAAAGGGCGGAAAGUGGUCUACUCGGAUUCAUCAGAAGAAGAUUGGGAUGAUUUGGCGUAUCGAGAAACUGAACCAGUUUUCUAUCCGGGAUCCGAUGAUGAAGAAUUGCUCGCUAAAAUAGAAGCUAGAAAAUCGAGAAGAUGUAAAGAGAAGAAAGAAGAAGAAGAAGAGCCGAUGAGAGAAACGAGAAUUGGUGGAAAAUAUUUGAGGGGAAUUCGACGACCUGAUUUGUGGAAUAGACAAGAAUAUAAGGAUAAACAGAAGGAUAAAGAGAAGAAGAAAGAGAAAACACCGCCGGUUAGGAAGAGUCCGAGAAAAAAGGCGGUGAAAGUGGUUUAUAAGGGGUGAGUUUUUUGGGGAGGUUUGAAGCUUGGAAACUGGAAAAUUCGAGAUUUUUGGGAAAAAUUAGUCUAGCAGCUUGGAAUAUCAAAAAUUUGCGAUUAAAAAAUUCUUCAGAAGCUCAUUUUUGAGCUUUGAAAGUAGAAAAUUCGAGAUUUUUGGGAAAAAUUGGUCUAGAAGCUUGCAAUCUCAAAAAUCUGCCUAAAAAUAUAUAUGGCUUCAUAUUUUCAUCAAAAAUGCUCCAGGAGCUCAUUUUUUGAGCUUUUAAACCGGAAAAUUCGAGAUUUUUGUGAAAAUAUGGUCUAGAAGCUUUUGAUUCCAAAAAAAUGUGCCUAAAAAUAAAUAUUGAUUCAUGUUUUCAUCAAAAAAUGCUCGAGGAGCUCAUUUUUGAGAUUUGAAACUAGAUAAUUCGAGAUUUUUGGGAAAAAUUGGUCUAGAAGCUUUGAAUCUCAAAUAUUUGCUGUCAAAAUUCACCUGGAUCCAGUUUUCUGUUAAAAAAUGCUCCAGAAGCUCUUUUGCCUGAAAAACCGGCCUGAAAUUUGAAAAUCUAGAAUUUCUACCAAAAUACUUUGUUUCAAAAUUAAGAAUUGCACAAAAUUUAAUUUUAAUCGUGAAAUUUUCACGUUUCACGUGGCUUUAUUUUCAUUUCACAUUUUUUUUUCCAGAACUGUCGAGGAACUCAUGAAACAAUGUCAAGAAUGUGUUGUAAAUGUGCCAGAUGUAAUAAAUUUCAAACAAGCACGAGAUGUCAGAAAAACGAAUUUAUUGGCGCAAGCUCUAGGCCUCCCGGAAGCGGAAAAAUAUCGACAAGUUCACAUUUAUCGCGCCAUGAAACGUAAAUUCGAUCUUCCUGAAACUGAUCGAGAAAUGACGGAUGCGGAAGAGGAAAGUGAGGAUGAAAUUGUUGAAGAGAAGAAAGUGAAAAAGAGAAGACAAUUGAAAAGAGCGUGUAAAGAGGAGCAGAAAAAGAAAGCGAGGAAAUCGUUGAGAAAAAGGAAUUGA